UGUUUGUCGUUCUGUACGGUCUGUAAACAGUUGUUCCGUGAGCCAUGGACCGCAGCAGACCAUCCAACAGAGCUGGCAGAGAGAAAAAACACGAGAAGAAGAAACGGAGACGAUCCUCGUCCUCCUCUUCCUCCUCUCCAUCAUCUUCGUCUUCCUCCUCCAACAGCAGGAGUCGGAGCAGAAAGAAGACGUUGCACAGGAGCAAAGAUGAGAAAACACAAAAGAAGCGCAGAAGGCACUCGUCUUCUUCUUCCUCAUCUUCCUCAUCCACCUCUUCCUCCUCAUCGUCAUCAUCCUCGUCAAGUGAUGAGAAGAAGAAGAGCGAAGCCAAGAAGAAGAAGAAGAAAAAGCAGCAGCUGAAGAAGAAGAAGGCGAAGCUGAAGAAGCAGAUCAAGAAGGAGAAGAAGAAGUUGAAGAAAAAGGAGAAGAUGAAGAAGAAGGCAGAGAUGAAGCAGAGCCCAGCAGAGAAACCUCCAUCCUACCUGGAGGUGUGGCAAACUGAGGAGGGGGCCGUGGAGCUCGGGCCUGUCAUGACAGAUGAGCAGAAGGCCCGGCUCUCCACUAAGAGGCCCCUCACCAAAGAGGAGUACGAAGCCAGGCAGAGCGUGAUCCGCAGGGUGGUGGACCCUGAAACAGGGAGGACAAGACUGGUGAGAGGAGAGGGGGAGAUCAUAGAGGAGAUAGUCAGCCGGGAGAAACAAAAAGAGAUCAACAAGCAAGCUACGAAGGGAGACGGGGAUGCCUUCCAGAGAAAACUGGGCAUCAGCAGGUAGAAGAUGACGUCACCUUCAGCUUCGUCAGCUUGAGAGCACCUUCACUAAACAGAUCUGCAGAAAGUAACUCGAAAUGCACUUCAUAUCAAAUAAUAGUGAUAGCAAAAUAAUACUGUGAUGCUCUCCUGAGGUACACAUGGUAGAAGUCAUAGUGAGCUGCUUGUAAUGGCUGUCAGAUGUAAUCGAGUAGAUAGAAAGUAGUGCCUACAUAAAACUGCUGACAACAAGGAUCUUACUGGGAUUCUGUUAUAGUAGAUUUUUGAUUUCAACAAAAGACAUUGCUGCUUAUUUUCUGUAACACUGAGCUUCAUAGGAAAGUUUCAUUUAGUUUUAUUGUGCAAAAUCUUUGCUUUAAGUAAUGAUUAAUCCCAGAUAAACGUCCAGUUCAGCUGUCUGAUAUCACCUUCUCACACCACCUCAUGGUUGUCUUACAUUUGUAUCUCAAUUUUUUUUUUAAUUUUCAUUUCUCUAAAUAAAUCUCCAUUUCUUUGUGAAAGUAAA